GCCCCGCCCCCAGCCAUGAGCGCCCCGCCGCGGUCGGAGCUCGCCGCCGCCGCCGCCGCCCUGCUGCGCCUGGGCGAGGAGCGCCCCCCGGCGGCCGCCAUGAACCUGCUGCAGCGCAAGGGCCGCCCCGAGUGGCGCCCCCGCGAGGAGGAGCCGCGCAAGGGGGUCCCCAAGGCACGGGAGGGGGGGUCCCUGCGGCGCCCGCUGCGCGUAGGGUUCCUGACCUUGCCGGCGCCACAGGAACGUGGCCCCCGGCCCUGUGCCCCCGGCAUGGCCCCCCGCUCCUUGUCCUGCCAUGCCGUGGGGCUCCCUGACUCAGGGGUGCCCCUGCGCCCCCCUGGACCCCGCGCGGGGCCCCCCGAGGGUCGAGGCCUCGAGGCACCGCCUGCCAAGAGAGGUGGCACCCCCCGAGGGGGCUGCGUGCGGCAGACGCCCCCCCUGAAGCCCUCACGUAGCCCCCAGACCCGGCUCUCAGCCGGGGCAGCCCCACCACCUCUGUCCGAGCAGGGGGAGGCGGAGGAGCCCGUGUACAUCGAGAUGGUGGGGGACGCCCGGGGAAUCCCGGGAGGGGAUCCCCGGCGGGGGGGACCAGGGGGAGCCCCCCCCCCACCUGCCGAGGAGCCCGAGGCCAUUUACGAGGAGAUGAGCUGCCCCCUGCCCGCGGGGGAGGGCCCGGGACACGCUCCUUUCUCGGGACACGCCCCCUUUUACGGACACGCCCCACACACCGCCCACGCCCCUUUCAGCGGACCCGUGCCGCACUCCGGCCACGCCCCAUACACCGGGCACGCCCCUUUCUCUGGACACGCCCCCCAUUCCGGCCGUGCCCCCUUCAUCGGCCACGCCCCGUUCUCCGGUCCCGCCCCCAUCCCGCCCGCGGUUCCCGCCAACCGGCUCUGCUUCGAAUGCGGCCAGCGCGGCGUCACCUACGUGGACAUCAGCGUGGGCAGCCUCGUGUGCACCGGCUGCUCGGGGGCGCUGCGGGGACUGAACCCCCCCCACCGCGUCAAGUCCAUCUCCAUGACAACAUUCACUGAGGCCGAGGUGCUGUUCCUGCAGGCGCAUGGGAAUGAGGCCUGCAGGCGGGUCUGGCUCGGCACCUUCAACCCCCGGACUUCACUGCUCCCCGACUCCCAUGACCCCCAGAAGGUGAAGGAGUUCCUGCAGGAGAAAUACGAGAAGAAACGAUGGUACGUGGCACCAGAGCAAGCGAAACCCCCCCAAAGCACCACAGCGGAGCCCAGGCCCCCUCAGCUCCUCCAUACGGACACAGGGACACUGCCACAGCCCCACCCAGCCACCCACCAUCCUCCUCAGCCGUCCCGAAAGGCCAGCACUGACCUCCUGGCUGACAUUGGGGGGGACCCCUUCGCCGGCCCUGCCCCAGGACCUGCCUUUGCUGCUUUCCCUGGCCCAGCCCCACCCCGGUCUGCCUUCCCCAGUUUCAAUGCCUUUGGAACCAGCCCUGGAGCACCGACAUUUGGGGGAGCUGUGCCCCCCUUCCACAUCCCACCCACCACCACAGGAGGUGUGGCUGCACAGGGCGUGGCCACUCCUAUUCUGCCCACAGUGGGAGGAGCUUCUGUCAGCCUCUUCAGGACCCUCCGUGACCCCCCAGUGCUGCCCCAUGGGGGCUACACCAACCCUUUCACGGCCCCCGUGGCCCCCAGACCCUCCACCAACCCGUUCCAGAGCAAUGGCCCCGGUGCCACAUUCACCUCCCCCCCUGUUCCAGGGAGGUUCCCCAGCCCCUUCCAGACUGACGGGUUGCCUUCCGGUGGGUUCACCGUUGCCAAAGCUUCCACCAACCCCUUCGUGACGGCCCCGGCCCCGGCGGCGCCGUUCGGCACCAGGCACCCGACCACCAACCCCUUCCUAUGACCGCAGCUGCUCGUGGGGGGCUCGGCCCGGCCCUCACGGCACCCCCGGCUUGUCGGGGGCCCUGGCAGUGCACCGCCCCUCCUCCUCCGCCGGGACCAGGUUUUAUUUUUGUUCCGAGAGAUUUAUCGUGAUAUUUAAUAUAUAUUCGAUAGAACUGGCUUCCAUCUGAGGUGCCCCCUCCCUCAGCUCCCCUCCGCUUUCCCGGGCCCUGGCUGCCGCCCUCAGUAAAGAUGGUGGCUCCGCCCCCCUCUCAGUUUCCCGCCCUCAGCCAAGAUGGCGGCCGGGGCCUCACGGCUGAGAGCACGGCCAUGGCGGCCUGCCCUCACCAAAGACGGUGCCAAAGCCGCGCUGGAAGGGCAG